AUGGAUCCCCAGUCAGACACUACGAUCAGCUCUAACCUGGAGGUCAACAAAUGCCCAAGCUUUCUAUCUAUCGGAGGCACCGAAAAGCAGCAUAUAGAUUGUGCCUUGCAGGAUUUGAAGCGCGACACUGGUGUUGACUUCGGUAUCUCAGACCUGACACCUGCUUACCGAGAGACAAUCACCUGUCCUCAUCUUUUACCUAUUAUGACCAUAUCCCCUAAUCGCUUCAUAACGUUCAUGUCAGCAGAGCCGCUGGAAGAUGAGGUCGUAUCCUUCAUCGAGUCUGGGGAGAUCAAGCACGAUGAUCUGAAUACUCGCGUCUCUAAGUUUCGGGACGACCUAGGAAUUGAAGAAGAUUAUAUCAAAAGGAUCAUGUUUUUUGGUCCAGACGAUCAAGUCGCGAAUUUUAUGGUAGAUGAAACGCGAGGCAAUACGAUGGUACCGAAAGCCAAGAAGUACUUUUCCGAGGGGUUUCAAAGGGCCACAGCCGAAGGGCCUCUUAUCCACGAACCGAUGAGAGCGUGCAGAUUCACUCUUGAGGACUUCCAAAAGCCCCAUCUAAAAGAGGACGAUCAAGAGCUGAUUGAUACUGUCAAAUUGGCUAUUCAUAACAUUACCUUGCUGGCAAGCCCAGUCCUCGUUGAGCCUAUAUAA